GGUGUCAGUAGCGCUUGUUAAGUGGUGACACGUGACCACCUUAAGAAAAACGAAAGUGUAGAUUCUUGUAACGAGUGACCACUGGCAGCCAUGUCUUUAGAAACGCCACCACGUGUUUGCCACGACAGAUAGACCCUCCUUCUUUAUUAACUGAUGCAGAGUCUCAGAAAAAUAUCUCCCUUGAAAACCAGUGUGUUCUUUCAACAUUCAAAUGCGGUUUCUACGUACAGUGUUCAGAGUUUUUACACUCGCGUUGUGGAUCAGCUCAACAUGGGCGUGGUUUGAAACUGGAGAGUCUUCUGGGAUGACAAGUGAAAUGUUCGCGUGUGGGGGUGAAGUGAUGGCGGGUACAGAAGCUGUAGAGUCCCCCGGCUUCCCAGAGUACUACCCAGCAGACCUCGACUGCAUCUGGGUAGUCAAAACAGCCCCGGGUUGGAGAAUGAACAUGACGUCACAGUACUUUGACCUUGAGGAUCAAUCACAGUGCCUAUGGGAUUACCUUGAAGUACAAGAUAGUGAGUAUGGAAGGGCAAGGUAUUGUGGGAACGAACACAUCUCCUUCAUGUCCUCGUCUGACGUCAUAACCCUCCGAUUCCAGACGGACGCAGCAGGCGAUGGGAUUGGCUUUAGGCUCAACUUCGACCCUGUCCGAUCAGAUGUUGCCGAGGACUACUGUAACACGACGUUGACGGAAGAAAGUGGGUUCAUCACCUCCCCCGACUUCCCGGUGCCCUACCCCCCGAGAGUUUUGUGCCACUACACUAUACAGGGCCCUCCACACAGCGUUGUCGAACUUCGGCUUCUGUAUUUGGAAGUCGAGACGUCGCCCUGUGACUUUGACAACGUUGCCAUAUACGACGGCUCAAACACAGACUCUGAGAGACUGGCGUUGCUCUGCGGCACGACCUAUGAAGGCAACUGGACAUCAUCAGGACGUCAUCUUCACCUCGUGUUUACGUCGGACUCGGCAAUAGAGACACGUGGCUUCAACAUCAGCUACAACGUGGUGCCAGUUGCUACAACCACAGCCCCCACAACAUCAACUACGACCGUCACAGAGAAGACUACAAGAGCUGCCAAAACGUGCACAGACACUUUGAGCGGCGAAGAAGGUAAUUUCUCCAGCCCAAGGUACCCGGAUGCUUACCCCCACAACAGCAAGUGCGUGACCUACAUCCGGGCGCCCAGUCCAAGCACCAUUGUAAUAGAAUUCGUCACGUUUGAUUUGGAGGAGAGCGAGAACUGCACAUAUGACACAGUGACUUUGUCACCAGCCCCAUACGGAGAAGCGAAUGAUACUAUCAGUCACGUGAUAUGUGGAGACAGUGCCAAACAGCGCGUAUUCACGUUCGACACGACAGCAGUUACGGUGACCUUCACCUCUGACACUUCCGUCAACGCCGGUGGCUACGUCGCACGCUACUUCGUGUCCCCGCUACAGAAAGAGUCGCCAUGCCCACUGCAGUGUAAUAACGGGGGAACCUGUGUUAAAGAAGGGGAAAGCGACUCGUCCGGGAACACAUGGAGGUGUGACUGUUCUCGCGGUUUCUCGGGUGAAGAAUGUGAGUAUGAAGAUAUCGUCACAUGUGAGGACUACGCAUGUCACAACGGAGGCACGUGCUACAUUCAAGGCGGAGGUCCAAAAUGCCACUGUUUGCCGCGGUACACGGGAAACCUGUGUACCACAAAGCUCAUGCUGGAGUCUGACAGAGUGACGUUCACGAAGGUGCCCCACAACAUCACCAUAGCGCGAGGCAGUAGCGUCCUCCUGGAGUGUGCCGUAGAGGAGCCAAACGUUGGCAUCAUGUGGUUGCAUCGGGACCGGAUUCUCAGUGAAGGCGACCACACCGAGGGUAUCGAGGUCCAUCCGGGCGGUGUUCUGCACGUGCCGGAAGUCAGUGACGACCAGGACGGGAAGUACACGUGUGUUGCUUUGUCAGGCGGCAACCUGUUUGAGAUGUCCUCAUGGGUCACGCUAACAGAGCCAUGUAGACUGCGUGUAGAGAAGGCGCCCCAAAACAUGACUGUGGAGGAGGGCGGCAGUGCUAUACUCCAGUGCUUUGUGCCCGAUGCGGAACACACCAUGUGGAGGAAGAACGGGGAGAUCAUCAAAUUUGACCGAAGGAAGAAGAUUCUGGUGAACAACUACCUGGUACUCGACCACAUCGUGGAAACAGAUGCUGGCGAAUACACGUGCGCUGCACGUGCCUCAAACGGCUGUUCAGCCAGGGUAUCCGCCAUUUUGACAAUCGAUGGUAUAGGCCACAAGAAAGCUUGUGGGCGGCCUAAGGUGGUGAAGGAGGCAGGUAGAGGGGGGCGUAUCGCCAGCGGUAAGGAAGUCCUGGAAGGGGAAUCCCCAUGGCACGUCAUCAUCAGGGACAAGAGACAUACUGCUGCUUUCUGUGGCGGUUCACUGAUCAACACCCAGUGGUUCUUGACCGCUGCCCACUGUGUCGAACAGUUCGAGAAAUCCUACGGCACUCCAUUCUCUCGAGUAGACGUGGACAUUUACGUCGGCACCGUGCGCUGCGACGGCAAACAGGGCAUACAACGUCGUCUCAAACAAUACAUACUGCAUCCUGAGUUCAAGGGACAUAACUUUGAUAACGACGUUGCACUGUUCCAACUAGAUCAGCCGGUAGAGUUCAGUGACUUCGUAAUGCCAAUAUGCCUGGAGAGGGAACUGCUUGUGAACGAACUACUUCGUGGCGGAAGGGUCGGAAUGAUUACAGGUUGUGGUAGUUUGUAUGAAUACGGCAUGUCUCCAACAUUCCUACGCGAGGUUACCAUUCCAUAUGUCAACCGACCCGUAUGUGAAAGAAGUGCCAAAAGUGUUAACACUUCUUUCACGCCCGGAAUGAUCUGUGCUGGGUACUCUCGGCGCAUGCGCGGUGAUGCCUGCCACGGCGACAGUGGCGGCCCCUAUGUAAUGGAAUACGGCGGUCGGUGGAUUCAGGUGGGGAUCGUUUCAUGGGGAGUCGGAUGCGACCAAGAAAACCAAUAUGGCUACUAUACACAUGUGUCCAAAUAUUAUGACUGGAUUCUAGAGAACUCAAUCGAGAAUGAAGUAGAAGACUACGAAAUGGACAACUGAUAUGAAAGGCUAAUAAUAAAAACAGCCCCGUGGGGCUAAUUUACUUUCAUUUGUCACUGUACAUCUGCCAUCGACCUGGGGGUUCCCAAAUGAUUUACGUGAAAUUUGCCGGACAUAAUCAAGGAUCUGAUCAAGGGGCUACGAAACUCGGUGUUCAUCAGAUGGCGGCUACGUUUUAUACCAGAUGAACAAACAGCAACAUCCGGGUUCUUGCGUGUUUCAUGUUUUUUAGCAAUAAUGGUUGUAUAGACUGAAAUGAAGAUUGUAAGAAUUAUAACAUCGGAAAUGGCAAAUUGAUAACGUCUCGUCCACAGGUCAAAUAUACAGUGUAUAUAAAGAUAAACUGUUUGUAAUGUGUCAGCAACACAUUCGUCAAGGUCCAUACUUUCAAAAUUGGAGAACUAGGCCAAAUUGACAGCCCAAGCAUUCGGUGCUCGGUAUUAUGCGUAACUUGUGUCAAGGUUCAAGAAUAGCGCUUAUUACAGUGUCUUAACUUAGACUGAAAACUGGCUCCACGCAGACAUUGGGCUCAGUCUCCAUGUAAAUAUGUUCCAUGGUUUUCAAACCUUAUCUGUGUUUGUGUAUACUAUUUCAGACGGUAUUAUGUAGUACAAUUAAUCAACGUGAUAGCUGUUGCCUGAAAUGGCAGUGUGCAAUUAUAUAUUAUAUAUGUACUACCAUGGCAAGUAAACUCUACGGCGUC